AUGUCCCUCGACAUCAACGACGGCUUCCUUGCCGCCGCCAACCAGGGCGCUCCGGCCGAUGAUGAGCUGCCCAUCUUCACCGUCGAGCGCGUCCAGCUGCAGUUCUCCAUCGCUGCGGACUUUGUCGCAGCUCAGGUCGCCAACAAUGUCAUCAUCCUGGCCCUGUCCAACGGCCGCAUUCUGCGCAUCGAUCUGAACCGGCCGGAGGACAUUGACGACAUCGACCUUCCCAAGAAGACCUCCGACGUCGGGGUCAUUCGUCGCAUGUUCCUCGACCCCACGGCGUCCCACCUCAUCGUCUGCACGGCCCUCGGCGAGAACUACUAUCUGCACUCGCAAUCAAAACAUCCGCGACCGCUGGGCAGGCUGCGCGGCGUAGCUAUCGAGAGCGUGGCGUGGAACCCGUCGCUGCCGACAGCUAGCACGAGGGAGAUACUGCUCGGCGCCUCGGAUGGCAACAUCUACGAGGCCUUUAUCGAGACAUCCAACGAGUUUUACAAGAAGGAAGUGAAGCACCUCAAGAACCUGCACAAACUUCCAGACGGCGCCAUCACGGGCCUGUGGGUGGAUAAUCUGAACGGAAAGUCGGAUAUCCGGCGAGUGGUGAUUGCGACGCAGACACGGCUGUUCCACCUCGUGGGCCGUAUUGGCCAUGGGCAUGACGGCACGGGCUCUGUCUACACGCGACUAUUCGAAGCCGAGCAACCGGUGGUGCACGAGCUGUCACGGACACAGCCAGGGGCCUAUUCCACCCUCGCCGUGUCCCCGGACCCGCCUGAGACGAAUCCCUAUGCAGAGGAUGCCCCGGAUCGGGCAUACGCGUGGCUUUCCUCGCAGGGCGUCUUCCAUGGCAAGCUGCUCAACGUCCCGGCCGACAAUAGCCUGGGCUCGAGGGUGUUUUCCGAUUCCAAGAUGUUGCCCCGAGCUCAGAUCAUCGCGGCGGAGUCCUCAGGCAGGCGAAGACCGACCUCCGAGACCAUUGAUGCCUUGGCGCUCACGCAGUGGCAUAUUGUCAGCCUGGUUGGCGGACGCGUCAUCGCCACCAACCGGCUCACGGGCGACAUGGUCUCGGAGCAUGACGUCCUGGGUGCAGGGCAGCGCCCUAUCGGCUUCUCCGUGGACAUGCAAAAGAACACUUUCUGGUUGUUCACGUCGGAGGAGAUAUACGAGAUCGUCGUGCGAGACGAGGACCGGAACAUCUGGGAAAUCAUGAUGAAGAACAAACAGUUUGAACCAGCGCUGCGGCAAGCCCACACACAGAAACAAAAGGAGACGGUGGCAGCCGCGUACGGCGACCACCUGGCCAAGAAGGGCCAUUGGAACGAGGCAGCAACGGUCUACGGACGCAGCAAUAAGCCGUUUGAAGACAUCGCGCUGAGCAUAAUCGACAACAAUCAGCCCGAUGCCCUGCGCCAGUUCCUGUUGACCAAGUUGGCCACAACGAAAAAGUCUGCAAUUAUGCAGAGGAUGAUGGUGGCAGGCUGGCUGGUUGAGGUAUUCAUGUCGAAGCUCAACUCUUUGGACGACACCAUCAUGACUCAGGCUGAGCUGGCAGAGAAUCUCAACACCGCCGAGUCAAGGAAACUGCUGGAGUCUGUUAGGAAGGAGUACCAAGAUUUUGUCACCAAGUACAAGAACGACCUGGACCGCAAGAUGGUCUACGAUGUUAUCAGCAGCCACGGUCGCGAGACCGAGCUCCUCUUCUUCGCCAACGCCGUCAAGGACUACAACUACGUGUUGUCGUACUGGGUUCAGCGCGAGAGGUGGGACGAGGCUCUGAACGUGCUCAAGAAGCAGACGGAUCCUGAAGUGUUCUACCGGUACAGUAGCGUGCUGAUGACGCACGUUUCGCAAGAGACAGUGGAUAUCUUGAUGCGGCAGGCGGACCUGAAGCCACGGAGCUUGAUACCGGCAUUGCUCGAGUACAACCGCAACUUCAGUGGGGACGCAAACGUCCAGAAUCAGGCGGUCCGUUAUCUCAACUACGUCGUCUUCCAACUCAAUUCCAAGGAUGCGGCCGUCCACAACACGCUCGUAUCCAUCUACGCUUCGCAUUCCUCCAAAGACGAGUCCGGCCUCCUGUCAUACCUCCAGGCUCAGGGCGACGAGCCGCGCUACGACCCAGACUUUGCUCUGCGGCUGUGCAUCCAGCAUCACCGGACACUGUCGUGUGUGCACAUCUACACCAGCAUGGGCCAGUACCUGCAGGCCGUCGACCUGGCGCUGUCUCACAACGAGAUCGAGCUUGCGUCCGUGAUUGCCGACCGGCCCAUGUCUAACCCUCAGCUGCGGAAGAGGCUCUGGCUGGCGGUGGCGAGGAAGGUCAUCUCGAGGUCUGACGGCAUCAAGGCGGCCAUUGAGUUCCUCAAGCGCUGUGACCUGCUCAAGAUUGAGGACCUGAUACCCUUCUUCCCGGACUUUGUCGUGAUUGACGACUUCAAGGAGGAGAUUUGCGGGGCGCUCGAGGACUACAGCCGCAACAUCGACAGCCUCAAGAAGGAGAUGGACGAGUCGUCGCAGACGGCGAGCAACAUCAAAAUGGACAUUGCGGCGCUCGACCACCGCUACGCCAUCGUGGAGCCCGGCGAGAAGUGCUACGUCUGCGGGCUGCCGCUGCUGAGCAGGCAGUUCUUCGUCUUCCCUUGCCAGCACUCGUUCCACUCGGACUGCAUGGGCCGCAGGGUGCUCGAGCAGUCGGGCAUGAGCAAGUCGAGCAGGAUCAAGGAGCUGCAGAUGCAGAUCCACAAGGGCCUCGUCAGCGGUGCCAGGAAGGAGGCCGUGGUGGCCGAGCUCGACUCGCUGGUAGCCUCGGCAUGCAUCCUUUGCAGCGACUUUGCCAUCAAGCGGAUAGACGAGCCAUUCAUCACGAGCAACGACAAUGUCGGAGAGUGGGCGCUGUGA